AUUUCGAGCAUUAGCUCCCCUUAGUUUGACCUCAACAGAAAACACAGCUUCUGCUUAUCGUUGUACCUGCAAUAACAGCAACAAAAUGCCAAUUCAAGCCAAAAUCGGACCCUCAAUUCUAAAUGCCGACUUGGCCAAUUUGGCUGAGGAAUCUCAAAAGUUGCUGGACAAUGGAGCGGAUUAUUUGCAUCUGGACGUAAUGGAUGGCAACUUUGUGCCAAAUCUAACAUUCGGACAUCCCAUGGUGAAGUGUUUGCGCAACAAAAUCAAGGAUGCCUUCUUUGAGACGCACAUGAUGGUGGAAAAUCCAGAGCAGUGGAUAGCGCCCAUGGCAGAUGCAGGUGUGAAUCUCUACACAUUCCACAUAGAGCCGGUAAAGGAUGUGCCCAAGGUCAGUCGACUGAUACAGGAGGCGGGCAUGAAAGUGGGCUUGGCCAUUAAGCCCGGCACCAAGGUGGAGCAAAUUGAGAAAUAUAUCGAUAUUGCUGAUCUCGUGCUGGUAAUGACAGUGGAGCCUGGCUUUGGUGGACAAUCAUUUAUGGCCGACAUGAUGCCCAAAGUGGAGUGGCUGCGCAGCCAUUAUCCCAACCUCGAUAUCGAAGUAGACGGCGGCGUUGGUCCAAAGACCAUCGAAUGCUGUGCCAAGUCGGGUGCCAAUUGGAUUGUGUCUGGCACAGCUGUAGUUGGUGCCUCCGAUCAGCGUCAGGUCAUCAGCGAUAUGCGUGGAGUUGUGCAGCGUUACAUUAAAUAAUAUGCGGUGCAUUUCCAAUAAAUUUACUACCUUUUUAAGUCCAAAGUGUUUAACAAAACAAACAAUUCCAUUUAUAACGAAAUUCUUUGUAUAAGAUUAAAAGACAAGUUUUGCAUUUUA